UGAGUGAGUGAGUGAGUGCAGAUUCGCCAUUUUCGACAUAUUUCUUUCAUCCUCCAUGUCCUUGUUCGAUCAAAGCGAUCCGAACACGAUAAAGCAGCUCAGUAAAUCUGAAUCUCAAUGCGGUAUUCAAUUACGUUUCUAUCCAAAAAGGCUGGUUUACAAGAAGGUGCUAAACAUGUUAACAAUAAUAUCCUUGCAUGUGCCCGCAAGGUUUACAGAUCACGACAAAAGAUAGGUUUACAGAAUCAUGCAUUGUCAUUUUAAAAUACAUAUGUAAUGACUAUAUUCGGCUUCUCCUCCUUCUUUGUAAUUGUAAAAAUAUAACAGCAGGAAUGUUUCAAAAUCAAAGGUUUGUCUAAUUGUCUAAACUCAGUAAGAAAUAUAUAUUGUCUGUACAAAUCAUGACAAAAGAUCGGUUUACAGAAUCAUGCAUUGUCAUUUUAAAAUACAUAUGUACUGACCAUAUUCGGCUCCUCUUCCUUCUUUGUAUUCGGUAACAAAUGUAACACAGGUAUGUUUCAAAAUCAAAGGUCUGUGUAAACUCAGUAAGAAAUAGAUAUUGUCUGUACUGCUUAGGUGUGUGAGAUCGGGAAACCUGGGUUCCCGAGUCAGUCUACAAUUUCUAAGAUAAAGCCCAUCCCUCCCUAUGUUGUAUAGUUUACAUUCUACUGCUGGUAUACUAAUCUCCAAGCAGAUUCCUCCGUGGCAUAAGACAGUAGCAUAAGCUGCGGGGAAGGACUUUGGCCGGCAGAGGGGAAAAUGUCCUUCCCCAGCUUAUGUUUUUGUUUUAUGCCACGGAGGAAUCUGCUUGGAGAUUACGAGGCGAGCGGCAUGUUCCCCCGGAAAAUUUUGAAAAUUAAACUCUCUGAAUUCGAAAUGGCAUUUCCUGCGUUUUUUGAGAGGGUUUCAAAGGGAAAAAUCAGAGACACUCACGUAACUGCUUCAGAGAUUAUUUUAUUCGACGAAAACGAAAGUUUAGGACAUUAGUUAUGAAAUGGCUCUUGUAUUUGAAAUGUUUUCCUCUUAGAAAUGGGUGAACCCACAGCAGGCCCUAUGACUGUGUAUAACUUUGUUGCACAACAAUUGUACAAGAUAAAAAGUAUGGCGUCUACAUUUAUUGAUUAACUACAGUUCUAUAGCUUAUCUUAACUUGUGUCGGAGCUGUCAUCCACAGUCCGCCAAAUGAUACUUCCGGGUGCCUUUCGCCAUAGCAACAGGCAGGCUUCACUUUCAUGACGCAAAAGUUGUUUUUCUACGUCUUUUAAAUAACAGUAAUGCGGACUCUGUUGUUUGUUUAACACGUGGCACGCCCCGGACUCGGGAAGAACUAACUGUAAACCGCAGGGUUCAUCUUUACUCUAUGACAAAGUGAGCAAUUUUUCUAGGAUCCUAGACCCGUUGGAAAUACAAAUUAGUCCGCCUUUUAAAAAUAUUGUGCAUUGAAAAAACGGACCUUCGAGAAAAAAGCGGACCUUCGAGCGCGCGUGGGGGGCUGCGUUCGCACCCCCUGGCUACGGGCAUGAAUGUGUACUGUAUCUCAAUACGAUACGGAUAGUCGGUAUGACCUUGGUAUGACCACCCUUCGGCGUAACACAUCAGGCACACGGCCUAGCCAGGUCGACAUAAUAUUCUCCCUGCAUGACAGAUCCCCGGUGUAAUUGACUGCCUUGUUUGCUGUCGAACACAUCAUUCUCUGCCGGCCCUGUCUAAAAGUCUGGUUUUCCAGAAUAACGGCGCGGCGACAGCUACUGUUAGUAGUGUUACACUGAACGGCCUGUAUGAUUAUUUGUGACUGCAGUCCUCAGAUAUUGUUCUUCAAGUUCAAUAUUACAUGGACUUUACCAUGUUCAGUACAGAACCUUUAGCGGAUCGAUGCACAUUUGUUAUCAGUGUUAUCAUUGUUGAAAGUCUGGAAGAAAAUGUAUUUCAAAAGCCUCCUUCCCAGGCUUCGUCAGCCUAUACCGGCAAAAUUCGGAUAAAGCAAGGAGGUUAAAAAUCUUGAUUUUUAACCUCCUUGGGUAAAGCAAGAAUUUAAUUGCGGUUGUUAUCUAGGUUGUUAAUCUAGUUUCGGCUGUUGUUUUCUUGGAGACAAGGGUCCGGAUCUCGUGAAUUUUAAAACCAGAUAUUUAUAAAAAAAUUGCAGGAGUUAUAGGGAAGACGCUAAUGCACCUUUGUCAUAGCGGUUCGACUUUAUGUAAAUCCACUCAGAAUAGCGGCCCUACAGAAAAGUUUAUCUGUCCCUGUAAUUUCACUUGUAGAUAGAGAGCAAAAAAAAAAGUUUUUUUGCAUAAAUUCUAGCUGAACCGAGGCUGUUGACAGGAUGCAUUUUUAUGUAAAUACCCCUUAUCUUUUAUGUAAAUACACUUAGCCUACCGGUUGGCACCGGGCUAUACCGACAGAUACAGGCACUUCGUCCAAGGAAGGAGGUUGAAACCUCCUUGGUCAAAGGCGUAGCACGAUGCCUUCUUGGACGUGCCGAAUUUGCCUGGCGUAUGUAACACUGACGCUUUCGUUGCUCCUCACGCAUAUGAGAUCACGCCACGGAUCAGACCCUGACUUUUUUGUACGAUGUGUCAUUGACGACUGUGACAAGAGCUUCAACAAGUACAACUCGUUCUACAGGCAUAUGACGAGGCAACAUCCUGAAUCUCUCAAAGUUGGACCUCGUUUGAACGAUAGCAACUAUGGAGAAGAAAUUGGCGGAUCUGAACACGGAGGCCACGAUGUUGAGAAUGACAAUAGUAACCUGGACAUGGACAUGGACGACAAUUACGCCAUACACAGUGACCAAGAAGCUGGCUUGAAUGACUUGGACGAGCUUAACGCCGAGGAAAACGUGUCCGAUUUUUCCGAUGAAAGCGACAAUUCCUCCAACAGCGAUAUCCAGUUCGACCCAGACAGACGGACACGUGAAGCUGCCCGGUUCAUAUGUGCUGUGAAGGAAAGGAAUGUCUUGACACAGGCUGCUGUCGAUGACAUAGUACAGGCAACAGAUUCAUAUGUAGGAGGCACAAUCUACCAACUCCGGAAAAAAGUUCAGAGACGACUCAUCGAGCAUGGUAUAGAUCCAAGUGUAACAGACGACAUUUUUGAAGAGGAUAUGAGCCCGUUUGAAGGACUUCGUACGGCUUAUCUCCAAGAGCAAGCCAUCAAGGCCCAUUUGCCUGUUGUGGAACCAAAUGAGGUGUUUCUUGGACAAAGAUUAGUUUUCCGGAGAAGACACAACAAACUGGAAGAGGUUCUUCACCAAGUGACUUUCCAGUAUGUACCUAUCAUUGAGAGUAUCGAACAGCUGUUGAAUGGUAAAGGUAUAUUUGAUAUGAUUUCUGAUGGACCAGCAUUGUCAGGGGAUGGGUAUUUACGUGAUAUAUGUGAUGGAAGUUUAUUCCAGACUCAUCCAGUAUUUUAUCAAGACACUAAUGCAUUGCAGAUUAUACUUUAUUAUGAUGAUGUGGAAAUUGAUAACCCCCUUGGUUCUUAUGCAGGAAAACAUAAGGUGGGCAUGUUUUACUACUCUCUUGGGAAUAUUCCCCAUCAGUACAGGUCCAAGCUAGAAGCAAUCAGACUUGUUGCAAUCGUAAAUACAAUUGACAUUAAGGAAUUCCAAUUUGAACCUAUUCUUAAAGACCUUGUGGAGGAUUUAAAAACACUAUCAGAGGGUUACCUUUUCAAUGUGAAUGGUGAAGAAGUAAUGCUUAGAGGUGCUGUUGUUGCCAUAAGUGCAGACACAAAUGCCUGUCUGGCUGUGGCUGGUUUCAAAGAAGGCGUCGGAUUUGCCAACAUGAAGUGCCGCCAUUGCGAAUGUCCAAAUGAAAGAAUGCAAACAAACUUUCAUGAAACCUAUUUUGCGUUAAAUUCACAGCGGAAACAUUUGGCGCACCUCAGGGAAAUUGAUAGGGCAAGAACAGACGCAUUGAAAAAGUCACUGAAAACUCUAUAUGGCAUAAACAGAAGAAGCAUACUUCUCGAUAUACCACAUUUUGAUAUAAGCCAAAUGUUGCCCAGUGAUAUCAUGCAUGUUAUGUUGGAGGGUGUCAUCCCAUAUGAAUGUCGAGAAGUGCUUAGACAAAUGAUAUUUGUUGAUAGCCUUUUCACUUUACGUGAACUCAACACCAAAAUAACAACAUUUAAGUUUGGCCAAGAAGAAAGAAAGAACAAAUUUGGUCGUAUUCCAGACUCCGUCUUCCAACAAGAAAAAAAAUUGAAGAUGACAGCUGACCAAACAUGGAUUUUCAUUCGACAUGUUUCUAUCAUCUUGUCCUCCCUAAAUGUGGACCCAGAAAAUGAGUACUUUGUGUUCCUGAAUGGGCUUUGUGAAAUCACAUCUCUUGUUUUUGCAAGUGUCACGUCAAAUGAGAAAAUUGUUUACCUUCGUGGUUUGAUUUCCCGUCAUCUUGAAGAAUUCAAAAGAUUGUUUCCGGACAACAACAUUCUUCCAAAGCAACACUAUCUCAUUCAUAUCCCUUCUAUGAUGCUUCUUUUCGGACCCUUGAUUCGCAUAUGGUGCAUGAGGUUUGAAGGAAAGCAUAGUUAUUUCAAAAAAGUGGCACGACAACAGAAUCAUGUGAACAUCCCAAAAUCCUUGGCUCAGAGAAACAAGCGUAAAGAGGCAAGUGAAUCAAUACAAGAGAAUCAUCCGAUCUUUUCCUCAAAACUUACAUUCGGACCAUGCAAACAACUGGCAGGAGAACAUGCAGAUUUUGCCCAAGAGCGACUAUGCAGUUUCUUAGACAUACAUGUAGAAGCAGAAGACAUUUACUCAGCAAAUUGGGUGCAAGUUUUGGGGACAAUGUACAACAAGAAUCAUGACGGGAUUGUCGCUUUUGGCACUUGUGAAGAUAACAAUUUCUUACCUGAAUUUGGACAGAUUGAACACAUUUGGAUUGUCGGGGGGGAAAGGGUAUGUUUGGCCUUGAAAGUUUUAAAUACAGAAGGGUUUGUGGAAGCGUAUCAGGGUUAUGAAGUCUCAGAACCUGACAUGCCUACAGGACUGGCAGUCGCUGAUAUUUCCAAACUCCUAGAUCAUAACAUUUACUACAAGUAUAGGAUCCAUCAUAAAUUUAUAGUGCCAAUAAAGUAUGACCUGUCUUCUGUUAUUGAUGCUUGGAAUGUUAGGAAUGAAUGAAUCAAACCCUUCAGUAUUUGAUACCUUUCAAGACAAAAUACACAAUACAACAUAAUACAGUCAUUGUAUGACGUUCAUUGCCAUGUAUGCCUAAUACUGCACUCAAAGGCAAAGUUGAACUGACUAAAUUGUUCUGCCAGGAAGCUUUCCUUCGGACCGCAUAACCAUUUCUAUAUGUUCAUUCAUCCAUGCUUCAUUCAAUGGGCAACCUUUGGCUUACAAUAUGAUUUGUGUUUAUUUCGCCUUUAUCUAUUUCUUAAUUGAAGUUUGCACUGUUGAGGUUUAUCUAUAUGUAACCUCCAUGGCUCAGAAAGUAUUUAUUACAUUGUGUUACGAUGCAGUCUCCCUUAAAACGGUAAAUUUUGCAUUAACCUUCCUUGACAUUCAAUUGGCAAAAAGAAGUCUUUAUCUUGCUGGAUUCUAGACCUCUUAACAUUACUUCUUCACCAUUCACAUUGAAAAGGUAUCCCUUUGAUAAUGUUUUAUGUGAGCCAAACAGACUUUUAUUACAGUGGAAGCCAGUUAAUUGCACAUCGGAUUAAUGCACACUUCUGUUAACUGCACGGGAUACCAAAAUCCCAAACCGGUGCGGUCUAACUAGAUAACUUCGCAUUACUGCACCAGCCGGAUAAUUGCACCAAAUUCACUGGCAAAUAGGCCGUGCAAUUAAGCGGCUUCUACUGUAUUAUUAAAAGACUUGGCUGAGGAUGUUUUUGUUAUGCAUAUGUUUUAUGAUUUUGAGAUGUUUUGCACUCUGUUUCCAUGCAUGUACUUAACUUGUGACUAAAUUGUGCUGCAAGUAAAUGUACCUUUAGUUCUCAUAAAUGCUUUCUCUAUUCUUAGUUCAUUCAAUGGGCACCAUUGGGCUUCCAAUGGGCUUCCAAUGAAUUAUGAUAUCAUGUUUUAGGAUGUAUGUUUAAUCACUGUAUAUGUAUAUGAUGUCUCAAAUUUAUGUUUUGUUAAGUAUCCUUCUUUGUAUUUCUUAAGAGCUUUCUUUGAAAUCAGUUACUCAGUAAUAACGAAAUAUACUACGCUUAAGAUUCAUACAAAUGAGUUUCUAUUCUAAGAUUCAUAUAAAUGAGUUUCUAUUUACCUUUAGAGGUUUCUGAUGUAUUAAAAAGUGUUGUGUCAACUUUGUAAAGAUAAUUGUGUAAUGUUGGCUAGGGCAAUGAAGGUUUAACAUGAUCAUCCAAAUGCAACAACACCUUACCUGGGCAAUGUUGUAGUCUUGUGGAAAUGAUAAAAGUCAUGAUUAUGUUUGUCAUUGUUAUGUGUUAUUGUACACCAAGGUCUGCAUUGUAAAUAUCUAGUGAUAGCAUGCACCUUUACCAAGUUUAAGGAUAUGUGGACAGAGAUGUAUGGAGAACAACACGAUUCAUUGUCUGCAUAAGGUUAUUAUGUAAAUACUAGGUAAACUGUGCUAUCUCUGCAGUGGUUUUUACUCUUAAAGUUGUAGCGAUAUUUUAACUCCAUUUUUUUGGAAAAGCAUAAAGUAGUAUGUACAUGAUUAGUUUUGUACCGUAAUUAGUUUUGCAUGCAUGUUUUUUUGCAAUUAUGUAUGUGCAUUGGUGACUUCUGUCAUGUAUUUCAUGGAUGGAAUAAAAAACUGCAAACUGCUAAAUGUUUGUGUGUUUUCGUCAACAUUAUACAUCAAGAUAGACAAGUAUGGAAUGUGUUUCAUUAGAUACUAGAAGUACAAUUCAACACUUAUGGUUUAGGCAAUCUAAAGCUUCCUUUUGGGCCGGCGGCUGUGGUCAUGCGUAUAAUUCACUUCAUGUAAUCUUCUAUAAAUGCUCUAGUUUAUUCUUGCCUGAAAAAAAUAACAUUGCAAGCAUAAUGCUCACUGCAAAGUUCACCGAAACACUGUUAUGUCAGGUUCCUAUUAAAAGGAUCUGCAUGCCUUUAAAUGCGAGAUGUUGUCAGGUUUAUCUUCAUUCACCAUCAAUUGCUAAGCAAUUCCGCUUGAAUUUAGCACUAACUUUGUUGGUAAAUUAUUUGUGAAGUGUUACUGGUUCCCCUAUAGUUCUGUGUGACACGUCAUACUAGUUAUCAAUAUUCAUUGUUAACUGUUCUUGACAAGUGUUUGUGUGUAAAUGCCCCACUUAAAAGUCACAACGGACCAUCAUAUUCACUGACUAGUUUUGCAAUACACUUCAUAAAUACAAGGAAAAAUCCAGUGAAGUCAUUCUCAAAAUCUUUUUCCCAAUAAUAAAUUUAAUGUUUAUACCCAAGAAGGUUACAUAACCUCAUUGGAUCUGUCGAGUGACGAGCGAACGCUGUUGUUGUUUAUAUCCGGGGUAUUUGGCGGUUGGUGCCUACCAGGACAUCAGUAGAUCGGAUUAAACAUUCAUAUCUGAAUUACCGGAUCAAAUUACUGGUUAAUCUGUAAAUCAAUCGUUUGCAAAACACCUGCUUUUUGCCUACCAAUGCGUCAACGUCACUUGACAUCAUCGCGAUCGCCCGUAUUGCAUUUGUCCUUUGGGAUUGUGACGUAUUAACCUGUGUAUGUGGUAGCUAAUCCCGACCUAUGUUCUACACGAACGCAUGCUUCUUGUUCUGUAAAUGUGCACUUGACACUAACCCUUGUGAGUUGAGCUUUCAUCUUGUACUGUACAUAUAACCGUGAUUAAAGCUUUACAGACGUGUGUUUUUCUCAAGGGAUGCGCUUUGCGUUGGAGCAUUAAAUCUCGCGGGAGCUACCCAGAUGGUUUUUGGUUCAUUUGCAUGUGGAAUGUUCCAUUGCAAAAAUGUGUGCCCCAAUCCCGAACUAUGUGAGAUUUGUGGACAAAGUCAAGCAUUUAAACACCGAAACUACCAUUGAAAUACUUGAUAACUAUAUUUCUGUCGAAAACAGCGCACAGUCUUUUUAUUUCGCCAAUCGGUGCGGCGCGAUUUAAUCCAAAAUGGUAUCGACGCCGUGUUGUUGUUUACAUGGUGGUGGUCACAUGACUUUGAAUCACGUGAUCAAUAAAAAUGGCGGACUCAAAGAUACGUGAAAAAUCGCACGUCGUGUUAGCGCUCCGAUUAUCCAGCAAGAAAGACACUAUCAUGAAAAAGGUGUAGCUUGUUGUAAAGUUUAAUUAUCACUGUUUAUACAUGUGGCGUCAUGCAGGGAUGUUAGGUAUUCUACACUGAAUAAUUCCGCCGUGUUGAAGGCCAUGUUCGUAAGCUGUUCGCUUGUCAACUCCCGCCAGCGCGCCAGAGCGGUAAAAUUCAAGCAAAUUUAUAAUUUAAGCGUUGGUUGUUGGUGCUUCCGAACUUAAACAAAUGUCUUACCCUGUAUCACUUUAUCUUGAAAUAUCUUGUUUAGAUAGGUACAGGCCUUUGGAACGCAUUCAGUUAUCAGUAUACAUAUCGCUUCCUCACGCCAUGCCCUCCCCACAUAAAUUGGCCUAAACAGCGCCCCGUUGCGACCAUUUCACUCCCUCCAAUCACGUGAUGCAACAUGACGUAGUUAGAUAUGCAAGAACAAAAUUCUCGUAUUUUCUUGAACAAUACAAGAAAAAACAAGACUUGCUAUUCUCAAAGAUUCUCGAUACAAAAAACAGGAGCAUGUAAGAACAAAAUUCUCGUAUUUUCUUGAACAAUACAAGAAAAAACAAGACUUGGUGUUCUCAAAGAUUCUCUAUACAAAAAACAGGAGCAUGUAAGAACAAAAUUCUCGUAUUUUCUUGAACAAUACAAGAAAAAACAAGACUUGCUAUUCUCAAAGAUUCUCGAUACAAAAAAAGGAGCAUGUAAGAACAAAAUUCUCGUAUUUUCUUGAACAAUACAAGAAAAAACAAGACUUGCUAUUCUCAAAGAUUCUCGAUACAAAAAACAGGAGCAUGUAAGAAUAUUAAUCUAGUAAUUACUUAAGAAUGCAAGAAAAAUAUUCUUGUAUUUUCUUGAACAAUGCAAGAAAAACAAGAACCGCAUUUCUCAAAGUUUCUUGACACAAAAAUCAAGAACUUUCAAGAUCAUUAUUCUAGUAAUUACUUAUUUUCAUAUCUUGAUGUUCUUGUUUUUUCCUACUAUAAGAAAUUCAAAAGGGGGUAGAGAAAAAUUCUUGUUCUUUCUUAAAUAUGGCAAGAAUUUCAGUCUUCAGACAAGAAUACCAAGAAUAUUUGACUUAUAUUUCUUGAAAAUUCUAUGCAAAAAAAGUCUCUUCGAGAAAUUAUUUCUUAUCUUAAGAAAAAUAAGAAAAUUUCUCUUGUUGUAAGAAUUUACAAGAAAAUGGUCUUCGAAUGAUCUCUUUCUUCUUUUCUUAUUUUUUCUUAUUCAUUCUUCUGUCUUCUUGAAAUUUCUUCAUGCAAGCACAUGUGUCCACGAAUUAAGUAAAAUAUUACUAAGCAAGACAAAACAAGACAA